CGCCCACAGGCUGGUGUUCGCUUCUGUCAUUGGAUGGUACUGAAGGACCGUGUCUGACAAGGGAAGCAGCUGCCUGUCCCGGAGAGCGCACGGGCGCUCGUUUACUGUGCAUGAACGGAGGCCCGGGCAGGACUUUGUUCUGUAACGACCGGACCCGCGUGAUGAGCUGGUGUGCCAGGCCGUUCCCCCAUUGAUUCUAAUAAUAAGGGGGGUGCUGUGAAUGUGCCUCCAAAUAGCGCGGAUACCCUCCACCUGCCGUAACCGAGACCCCCUCAGCUUUAUUCAAGAUGCGGCUGCUCAGGGUCCUGCUCAAAAGCGCCCCCCUCACCAACAGCAGCACCCCCAGUUUGGUGGACUUCUAUUCCAAGUUCUCCCCGUCCCCUCUUUCCAUGAAACAGUUCCUGGAUUUCGGUUCUGUCAAUGCUUGCGAAAAGACUUCCUUCAUGUUCCUGAGACAGGAAUUACCUGUACGAUUAGCAAAUAUAAUGAAAGAAAUAAAUUUGCUUCCAGACAACUUGCUCAAGAUGCCGUCGGUUAAACUGGUACAAAGCUGGUAUGUGCAGAGCUUCCAAGAAAUCGUUGAUUUUAAAGACAAGAACGUAGAGGAUCCGGACUCAGUCAGGACUUUCACCGAUACCGUGAUAACCAUCCGAAAUCGCCACAACGAUGUUAUCCCAACCAUGGCGCAAGGAGUUGUUGAGUACAAGGACAGUUUCGGGGUCGAUCCAGUAACCUCACAGAACGUCCAGUAUUUUUUAGAUCGUUUUUUUAUGAGUCGCAUUUCAAUCAGAAUGUUGCUUAAUCAGCACACUUUGCUGUUUGGUGGGAAAGUCAAGGAGAACCCAGCUCAUCCAAAGCACAUUGGCAGCAUUGACCCAGCGUGCGACGUUGUGGAUGUCAUUAAAGAUGGAUAUGAAAAUGCCAGACAGCUAUGUGACUUGUAUUACAUGAGCUCACCUGAACUAGAACUCACGGAAUUCAAUGCGAAGUCUCCAGGGCAGACUAUCCAAGUGGUGUAUGUGCCGUCACAUCUGUAUCACAUGGUGUUUGAACUUUUCAAGAAUGCUAUGCGAGCUACCAUGGAGUUCCGUGCAGACAGCGGGAUUUAUCCUCCCAUCAAAGUGCAGGUGGCUUUGGGGAGUGAGGAUUUAACAGUUCGGAUCAGUGAUCGUGGUGGAGGAGUGCCCCUCAGGAAAAUCGAUAGAUUGUUUAACUACAUGUAUUCCACCGCACCGCUUCCCAGAGUGGAGAACUCUCGUGCUACGCCUUUGGCGGGAUUUGGAUACGGUUUGCCAAUCUCACGUCUGUAUGCUCAGUAUUUUCAAGGCGAUUUGAAAUUGUAUUCGUUAGAGGGUUACGGCACGGAUGCUGCAAUAUAUAUUAAGGCUUUAUCAACCGAAUCAAUAGAAAGGCUGCCUGUGUAUAAUAAAUCAGCAUGGAAACAUUACAGAACAAACCUUGAAGCCGAUGACUGGUGCGUGCCCAGCAGCGAGCCCAAGGACAUGACCACCUUCCGAAGCAGCUGAAACUAGAAUCAGAGGUUCUAAAGUAUGGAGCUAAAAUGCCAGAUACAAUGUCCGUUACAUUUCUGAAAGAUACUAAAUAUCACGUGUGUUUUAAAAA